AUGGAUUACAAUUAUUCAUCAAUUGAUUCUUCAUCGAAAAAUGAUUUUCAAAAGUUAUCACAAACAGUUGCAACCAAUAUACAAAAAAUCACACAAAAUGUUUCAUCCAUUCAAAAAAUGACAAAUCAAUUGGGGACAACCCAAGAAACACCACAAAUGGAACACCAGUUGUUAGAAAUUCAAACAUACACUCAACAACUUGUGAAAGACACAUCAAUAAACAUAGAAGAUUUAAAAAAAAUACCCAAUUUGCCCACUCACACGGAAGAGUACAAACAGAGAAAAGUACAGAAAGAAAGAUUGUUGGAUAGGUUUACUGAUGCAUUAAAUCAAUUUCAAAAAGUUCAAUUUAACACAUUGCAAAAAAGAAAAGAAAUAUACCAACAAAAACAGGGGGAUUCAAAUCAUGAAUCUCGUUUGCCUUUGCCAAAUUCUGGAAAAUACACUGAUCACUUAAUCGAAUUACAAGAUCAAAGUAGUAAUCAUAUGCAAACGCAACAAAUGAUGCAAGAAGAAAUUAAUUUACAAGCAUUAGAGAGACAGGCUAAUUCCAUAAAAGAAUUAGAGAGCAACAUCAUGGAUGUUAAUCAAAUAUUUAAAAAAUUAGGUCACUUAGUUCACGAACAGGGAGAAAUGGUUGAUAGUAUCGAAGCGAAUGUCGAAAUGGCAUCGACGAGAGUUAAUGAAGCUAGUAAAGAAAUAAGCAGAGCAAGCGAAUUAAAGGGAAAAAUAAGAAGAAAAAAAUUAUGUUUUUUAAUAUCUCUCAUAAUUAUUCUCAUUAUAAUCAUAUUAAUUAUAAUCGUUGAAACUCAUUAA